CGAUCAGCGUUCCACGCCGCAGCUUGCGGCCGGGCGCAGCCGCAGCGAGAGCGAAGUGAACAAAGCCGGUGCUGAUGCUGCAGGCGUUGCGCGUUUGUGUCGUGUUACGGAAAUAUAGGAGCCUUUUUAGCCACAAAACUCGUGCAUCCUCCAACUGCUUCUUAUUGUUAAAAGAUCGGUAAAAUCCCAAGAUGCAUCGCAUGAAUCUCUCAAUUGAUGUUCCUGCCGACGCCGAGGUGGUCCUGCGCGAAACGGCACCGAUGGGCCCGCGCGACACCUGAACGCCAACAUGGCCUACGGUGUGCAGCUUAGCGUUGCGUACAGCAAGGAAAUCCAAGUGGAUUUCCACAAGUGUAUAAGGACCCAGGAAGGGGAGCUGGUUCUGCGUGAAGCUGUGCCCCUUGGCCCCAAGUUGGCCCGGUUUUUCUGAUGUCCAACUUACCGUUCGGAUGCCAGCUGAGCGUUGCACACAGCAACAAAAUUCACUUCGAUUUCCGCAGUUCGGAACUAAGCCUGGCCAAAAUUAUUUACGACCGUCUGCAGCUCGUCGAGGGGAAAUUGGUUAGGCAGGCUCCGAAAGCUGAGACUGCUGCCACGGGUGGCGAGGGUGUUGGAGCAGAUCGUAGUCUCCAGUAUGACAGCCUUAGCCAGGCAGAUGCCACCCAGAUCAAGGCCGACCCGAAGAAGGCUAGUCUGGGUAGCUUGGUCAUUUUCUGCAUUGCCAACAAAUUGCAGUACCAUGGCUGUGUUGAGAAGGACGACUUCGCAAUUCUUGUGGAUAGGGCGCAGCGGAAGGAGCGCGGCAAACUCCGCCGGGACCAAGCCGAUGCGGACGAGCAAGGCCGCCCUAAGAAGCGCAAAAGCAUCUGACCAACAAACUGGAGUACUUUGGUUGCGUCGUCGACCACUCCGACUUUGCCACUCUUGUCAGCCGGACUCAGAGAAAGGUCCUCAACAAGCUGCGCCGCGAACGUGCCGAUGCGGAAGAGCAGGGCCGCCCCAAGAAGCGCAAGGGCAUCUGGCAGUCGGUUGUGAACUGGGUAUUUGGCGCUUCUGAAGACAAGCUGGGGUCUAGAGUCUUCGAUGAGUCUGCAAAGUUCAUUCAUCAGCCUAAAGGUUCAUUUUACCAUUGAUACAAAUGCAUUUUUACUGUGAUUAAAAUCAAGUAAUCUUAUCCUCCU